AUGACGUCCCGCCUCCUCCGCCUCCGCCGCCUCCUGGCUCCUCCCUCCACCCUCCCCGCUGCCUCCUUCUCCACCGCCGUCACCCCGACCCCGCGCGUCUCCGCGCUCGUCGACGAGAUCUGCGGGCUCACCCUCCUCGAGGCCUCUUCCCUCGCCGACGCCCUACGCGGCCGCCUCGGCGUCGACCAGAUGCCCCCACUAGCUAUCCUCACGGGCGGGGCCGCACCGCUCGUCGGCGGCGGAGUAGGUCCCGGGGCGGCCGGCGAGGAGGCGAAGGCCAAGGAGGAGAAGAUGGCGUUCGACGUGAAGCUGGAGGGGUUCGACGCCGCGGCGAAGCUCAAAAUCAUCAAGGAGCUCAGGGCGUUCACGAGUUUGGGUCUGAAGGAGGCCAAGGAGCUCGUGGAGAAGGCGCCCGCCGUGCUGAAGGCCGGAGUUCCCAAGGAGGAGGCGGAGAGUAUCGCCGAGAAGAUGCGAGCGGUUGGCGCCAAGAUUGUUCUCGAGUGA